AUGGUCAACGUACCGAAGGCCCGCAAGACCUUCUGCGACGGCAAGUGCCGCAAGCACACCAACCACAAGGUCACCCAAUACAAGAAGGGAAAGGAAUCGACGUUCGCCCAAGGUCGAAGGAGAUACGACGCCAAGCAGUCCGGCUUCGGAGGUCAAUCCAAGCCCAUCUUCCGAAAGAAGGCCAAGACGACAAAGAAGAUCGUGCUGAGGAUGGAGUGCACCGAGUGCAAGCACAAGAAGCAGUUGGCCAUCAAGCGCUGCAAGCACUUCGAGCUGGGAGGUCAGAAGAAGUCCAGGAACGCCAAACAACUCUACCUAAACGACGCCAGCUCGUACGGGACGGCGAUAAACGGCGUCAACUACGUGAAAAAGUCGCACCCGCUCAACGACGGCGACACGUUCAUCGUUGGCGACCACGAGUUUGUCGUUGAGAUCCUGCCCGAGAUGAAGCCGCCGCCAAACCAGCAACAAGCCAAGAUCACGGGCUUCUUCGCGGCCAGCCAGGGCACCCAGCGCGCCACGCAGCGCAACUCGAUCGAGGUGUUGGGCGAGAAUACGCAGCGGUCAAGCGCGAAACGAAGCGCCGGCUCGAGCAAUAUAUCGCAGAAGUCACAAGUCGAUUCCUCGCCCCAGCAGCCCAUUUCCAGCGUCCCCACCCCGAGCCAAAGGGCGAAUUACUCGCUGAAGACUGAUGAGACCCAGCGCAGCAGCGUUGCGAGUUCGGCGGCGGCAACGACAAGCCGGACAGCGCCUCCAGCGCCCAAACGAAUCCCCUCCACGUCGGCCAAUGCCAAUUCGGCAAAAUCCGCCUUCUUCGACGAUGAUGACAUCAUUUCCGUGCCCUCGUCGUCGACAACCCAGAAUCGCGGCGGUAAUGGUCGACUGCAAGCCCGCGCCUCUGCCCUUCAAACCAUCAACAAUCGAAAGUCGACGACAAGCGGCGAGGAGGGUACGCAAAAUUCCGCUCCUUCUGCGCAUACGACGAGGCGAGGGAUGCCGGAAAGGAUCCCAUCAACGAGUGCCCAGCUGAAGCGCUCGGAUCCGCCUUCGCAAAGCAGACUGACGAGCUCGAGGAGUUCUGCCCCGCAAAACGAAACGCAGUCCGAGUUACUGACGUCGAUGAUCAAGGAGGAGCCGGAAGAGGACGAAUUAUUCGUGUUGCCGCCCGCCAAACGAAUAUGCGCUGAGCCGAGGGCAACCCGGCAAUCUGCCAUGAAACAAGAGAGCCAGGCAAGCAAUUCGAGUCAAGCCAGCCGGAGAACACCCCUAUCAUCAAGCGGAAAGGACAACUACCAGGAGCUGCGCGAUAAAUUUUCGGAUCUCAGCGCCCAGUUCUGCAGCGGGAAUUCGGCUGUCGCAGGAGAAGAAGCCGAUUCUGAGGAACGUCCACAGGACAAUGAAAUGGACAGUCAAGCACACGAUCUCGAGAUUAGUCGCCUCGAUCGGCCAAUCGUGACGCAGUUCAGCGACCUCUUCCGCAAGACGCAGCCCCGCCAAUCGCCCGGUGGAUUCUCGUUGAACACCCUCGACACGUCCAAGCCCAAUUUCAAGCGGUUCAGGAAGGCUCAACAAGGCCGCUUCAACGCCUCGAUUCACCCGGAGAUGACGGAGACAAAUCGUCGUCUCCCACCCGCUCGUCUCGCCGGCGCUGAUCUCGCCGAUUUCAGGAAGUUUGCCCCCGGAGAGAAUCUAGAC